GGGCUUAAAAGGCAAAUAGACCCAAGGUCUAUUUGGGCUGGACGGCAGAGGCAUGAAAUCAGCAAGAAAGUAAGGAGAAUUAAGGGCAAAAUUGGAAAAUUACAAAAUUUGCUUAAUAAAGUUAGGACCCAAGUGGAAUUAUCUAGAUUUCUCUUCAUUUUUCUGAAUUCUCAUCAGCUAAAACACCAUGGAAGGGCUUCUUCAAGCUGGUUGUUCAUAUUUUUACUACAAAAACAAAAACAAGAGGCGACCAUGGAUUUUGUCAAUCAGUUGCAAAGAAAGUUCAUUGACUACUCUUCAUCACUCCAUCGUGAGGGAAUUGUGGAUGAUCAAUUCACUCAGCUCCGAAAACUGGAAGAUGAAAACAGCCCACAUUUUGUCAUGGAGGUUGCCUCACUUUUCUUUGAAGAUUGUGAGAAACUUAUUAACAAUAUGGCCAUAGCACUUGAACAAAAACAAGGUGUUGAUUUCAAGCAAAUAGAUGAAUGUAUCCAUCAACUAAAGGGUAGCAGUUCCAGCAUAGGUGCACUGAGGGUUAAAAAUGCAUGUAUCGCCUUUCGGAGUUUCAGCGACGGUCAAAACCGCGAAGGGUGUUUGAGAUGUCUGCAACAGCUCUCUCAUGAAUACUCCCUACUGAAGAACAAGCUUCAAACCUUAUUCCGGGUAAGUGUUGCUUCCCGUUGCUUGUAUGUAUGCCUAGUGAUAUUUUGCCGGGGAAAUGAGCAUGCGGAACCGUUCCCUGAUGUUUUGGUGUUUCAGCUGGAGAAACAAAUAGUUGCAGCUGGUGGAUCGAUUCCAAGAGUGCAUUAAAUCACAUUUCGUAUCGUCUUCUUGAUAGAAUAAAAGGGAGAAACACUGCAUAGAGUUGUGAAUAAAAACAUUUCUAGCAUUUUCCUGCAUAAGUUGUUCAAUGUCUGAGAAUUUCAUCAAACUUUUUCGUGUUAAA